AUCGUAUAUGACACUAGUGCUUGCUGAAAAUACAUCAAACGAAGCAUUUCUUUUAUCGAAACUUUGUAGAUAUGGACUUAGACUAACAAAGGAUUGUUGUUUUUCAGUGCGUCGAAACCAAAAGUGGAAAUAUCAGGAGAUGAGAUGUCUGUCUGAACUAUCAGAAAACAUCUCCUUUGGCCAUGUCGGACAACCCGGAAAGGUGUGCCAACUAUUUAAAAAUCGUAAGACUAAUCGUUGACGUUGGGACGGAUACUGUUAGAGACCUGUUCUAUUUUUAUAAACCAAAGGAGAGGGUAGCCGCCUUUUUUGCAAGCCAUACAAUUCUCGAUGAACUAUUUGACUUAAAACAAAGACAUGUGAUAACCUCGGAGCAGUUUGAGAAGUUAACAAAUGAUCCAAACCCGGAUGAAAUUGAUAUUUCAUUACUCAUUACAAUUCUGGUAAAUUUGUUUAAAUGGACAGUAGAUGAACCUGAAAAUGGCUGGAAUAACCCAACUGCUGAAGAUGAUGUCACACUCGGUGCUGACCUUUUACGACUGAAGAAAUUAAGGAAUUCGAUAGUAGGACAUAGUCCAGACGGUAAUAUUUCUAACGAAGUAUUUGAAGAUUUAUGGGAACAGACUUCUUGUAUUUUAACCAGGAUUGCAGAAAUUACACACAGUGAUACAAUUUCAGUUGUAAUAGAGAGGUAUAAGUCCAGUCCUUUAGACAAAAAUGAUGAUAAAUACAUCCCAUUAUUACGACAGUGGUAUGAAGAGUCGAUGUCAGCUAUUUCGAAUCUUCAACUGAGAGUACAGGAACUUUGCGAGAAGACCAACGAGUUUAUGUUGUUCUUCAAAAGUGACAUUCCCGAUAGAUAUAAAAGAUAUGCGCUUCUUCUUACCGAAGGUGGCAUGUUAGUUUUAGCAGAUGUUUUCAGGAGAGAAUUAUCGAAAAAUGGAGAUUGUUUAGAAAAAAUACUUGAAAGAAAGUGGGAGUUUUUUAAAACGUUAACUGUCAAAGAAGGUUCAGCUUGUAGUCAUGUCAAACUUGGAACAAAUGUCUCAAAAUGGGGACUUCAGACUCUUGCAAAAACAAUUUUACAUCUGUAUGCUCCCGGACUUAGUAGAAUGGAAUAUAAAGCUGUUCGUGCCAUAAUGGAAGCUAGUGGAGACUACGCGAAAACGGCAUUGGUGUCUUUAGAUAGUGACAAAUUUCGGCCAUAUUGGACAGACAUUGUAACAAAUAUUAGUAUUCUCGCAGUUGGACUUGAAGACAACACCCAAAUAUUGUGCCAAGAUCUCAUAAAAAAAUAUGACACUGAACCGAUCGAUGAGUAUGCUGCACAUAACUGUCUAACACAGCUUGGUAAAAACUGUUCUGAAAUGCAAAGGCUUGUUCAUCAGUAUAUUGAAACAAAGGAAAAGUUGAAGCAAGCGGUGGAGCAGAUGAGACGAGAAGGGGCUGGCUUUGGUUCAGAUCAUGCCGUCGAACUAAAAAUGAUGACGCAUGGGAAGACGGAGGAGAAACAGAAACUAGCAGAAAAUAUACUUUUUACGGUGUGGCAAAAGGCAAUGAGUCUAUCCGAUGAUCCCGGAAAUUUUGAGGCUAUCGAGGAAGCAGUAAACAGAAUCUUGGAAGGGAUAAAACACUUGCCAAAUGUCAAGGUUGAAACUGUGGAAAGACAUUGUAUUAUAGUAAAUGUUGUGUGUUCAUUCAACGUUGGUCUGUUGCAGCUUUUAGAUUUCAUAGAGUCUGUCUUAUUUACGGAGUGUAUGCAGUCUCUUAGUCAAUCGCUCAGUGCAUUCUGCGGAGAGGAAAUUGUUGUAACUGCUUUCUGUAGUAUAGAAAGUUUGUUGGAAACAAUGAGUCACAUCCGGGAUGAAGAGGUCAUUUCGAGCACGAUGAGUGUAAAAGUAAAAUGUUUCCACUGUAGGUUGCGGGUGCAAGUUUCACAAGAUGAUACAGAUGACAAAACAGUCAAUAACUAUUAA